GGAGUCCCGCCUCCGAACACUCCGACACAAGUGAGAGAGAAACUCCCAGUUAACAUAGAUUCAGGAGAGAGCGAGAGAGAGAGAUUGUGUGUGUUUGUGACUGAGAAUGUGAGGGAGUGGAGAGAUCUGCCACUCUCAAUGCCAACAAACCCUUUGAGAGCCAACAUGAGAGUGAAGAGGGGCAGAUAGGAGCAGGGCAUCAUUUGCCAGAACUUUGAGAAACUUUCCUCUGUGUGUGUGUGUGUGUGUGUGGGAGGGAGAGAGAUCGAAUGAGUGUUCGGAGAAUGGAUCACAUCUAUGUCUCCGAGAGCCAGGUUGAAAGACAGGGGAACAUGAGCAACGGCUGCGAGACCAUCUUGACGAUCCGGGAGGACAGCAAACCUGUGGUGAGCAUCCUGAUGUUCUCGGCUGGGCUGGUGGGCAACGUGCUGGCCCUGGUCCUGCUGGGGGUUCGCAGGAAGGAGAUCCGGACCAAAUCCUCGGUCUUUUGCAUCUUGGUGACGGGGCUGGCUGUCACCGACUUGAUGGGCACUUGCUUCCUCAGCCCGGUGGUGUUCGUCUCUUACGCCCAGAAGAAGUCCCUCAUCGGCCUGGUGGGCGUCCACACCCUCUGCGACUUUUUCUCCUUCGCCAUGACCUUCUUCGGGGUGGCAUCAACCCUCAUCCUGUUCGCCAUGGCCGUGGAGCGCUGCCUUGCCAUCAGCCACCCUUACUUCUACUCCCAGCACAUCGGCAGAAGCUUUGCCAAGUCUGCCCUGCCGGUCAUCUACGCUUUCGCCGCCUUGUUCUGCAUCAUGCCCUUGGCAGGCUUCGGGGAGUACCGGCAGUACUGCCCGGGCACCUGGUGCUUCCUGAAGAUGGAGUCCGACAAUUCGGCUGUGGUGGGCUUCUCCCUGCUCUACGCCACCCUCAUCGCCUUCCUCAUCGUGGCCAUCCUCCUGUGCAACGGCUCGGUCAUAGUCAGCCUGUGCAAGAUGCACCGGAACCAGAGGACCAGGAGGGGCUCCGUCCUCUCUUCCCAGAGGAGGAGGAAGAGCUGGUUCGGCCAGAGGGAAGAGGAGGUGGACCAUCUUAUCCUCUUGGCCGCCAUGACCGCUAUAUUCGCCAUCUGCUCCCUGCCAUUGACGCAUGUCCCAAAGCACCCCACAUCCAAUGAGCCGCUUUAGUGUCCGCUGUUACGUAAGGAAGAGAGGGAACGAUUGAAGAUGAGAAAAACGGCUAAAGGGAAGGAAGGAUGAAAGAAGGUGAUGGAGGAAUGCAAAACUACAAAACCAAAAUUUUGAGAAAAGCUUCAGGAGGGCGUGUGUGGUGCAAUGACAAGAAAAUCCACAUUCCUGCUAAGUGGUGAUCCUGAGGUUAAGGCAGCCAGUCCUUGCCUGUACAUUUUGUUUCUGUUUCUUGAUGUGUUCGUUAGGUAAUUAGCCUAUAGCUCUUUCUUAUCUGAGGCAUUUACCCAGCUUGCCAUGUGUAAUCUGGCCAGUUUAUGGUGCCAGAUCAUCGAUUGAUGAUGACAAAGGAACCAUUGAUAAAACAGUGUCACACAAACACAAUGCACCCACUGGGAAAAGUGCAGGUUGUGUCACAGGUGGAGACUUUAAAUUCUCGAUGUUCCAUAUUACACACCCGAGCGUUGGGCUCCCUGGAAUAAAGAAGGUGUGACUUGAUUGAAGGUUCAAGAUAUUAGGGGAGAACUGAUGGGUAGAUAGAGAGGGCUUAUUUCUGCUGGUUGGGGAGUGUCAGGAUAGUGUGUGCUGUGGCUCAGAGGGUAGCACUCUUGACCCUGAGUCAGAAGGCUGUGGGGCUAAAUCCUAUUCCAGAUCCUUACGCACAAAAUACUAGGCUGGGGGAGUGCUGCACCAUUGGAAAUGCCUUUGUUUGGGUGGGAUGUUUAAACCAAGGCCCUGCCUGCCCUCUCAGGUGGGUCCCAUUGCACUAUUUUGAAAAGGAUGGAGAGAAACGCUUUCACUCAGUGAGCGGUGAGGAUCUGGGAUGUGCUGCCUGAGGGUAUGGUGGAGGCA